AUGGACCUCAAUAAUCUGCUCAAUACUAACAGGUCAGCUUCCGCCACAGGCUACCGCAGCAUGCAAUACGAAAUACCAAUGCCCGUCGGCAUGAAUCACGACUUGAACGCCGCACCCCAUUACGCACAGCAAAACCUCUACGUUCCGAACGGCAACAGCAGAAUAAAGUCUGAAAACGGCUCCGAGCGAGGAGUCUCCCCGCACACAUCCGACCACUCAUCGAGAUAUUCAUCGCAAACUCCUCAAAAUAACAUGGCGUACCAGCAGAUGGCCAGUCAGCUUGCUAACGGCAUGCGAUAUCCGUCACCUCAGCUGGGCCAGCCGACCAGCAUGGCGCCGAUGAUCCAACACUCGUACCACCCUAACGCCACUUCAGAUCAGUCAUAUCAACAGCAGGCUUCUUUAGGCGCAGUGCAACCAGUCCAGCAAGAUCAGGGUCAGGGUGACAGCAACAGGCAAAGUACAGGAAGCACGGGACUACCGAAAGCUUUUGCUUGCUCGACGUGUCAGAAGGGCUUCGCAAGGAGAUCAGAUCUGGCCCGGCAUGAACGCAUUCACAGCGGACACCGACCUCACGUGUGCGAUUAUCCGGGCUGCGGCAAGCAAUUCAUUCAGCGAUCCGCACUGACAGUUCACUCGCGAGUACAUACCGGUGAGAAGCCGCACAUGUGCGAGCGUUGUGGCAAGCCAUUCAGCGACUCCAGCUCGCUCGCUCGGCAUCGAAGGAUCCACUCCGGCAAGAGACCGUACAAGUGUCCCUACGCUGACUGCCAGAAGACAUUCACGCGUCGCACUACCUUGACGAGGCAUCAAAAUCAUCACAGUGGCACCAUCGAGGAGUCAGAAGCCGCCACUGCUGCCGCGCUCGCCACCCGGGGUGGUCUUCCGACCGCUCGGUCUCGCGGCUCCGAUGACGAAGACGACUUCUCCACAAACGGCAAGUCACCGAUGCCUCAGCCGGACAGACCUUCCUCCGUUGGACCUGCCAUGAACGGUGUCGCAAGCCUGCAGAGGCAGUCAUCCGACUACUACAUGAACGCCAUGAGUGGUGGCAUGGCGGCAGUCCCACCUCACAUGCGCCCUGAGCUGCAGCCGUCUCCCCGCCCUCAGUCACCCGCUCAGUAUCAGCUGCCCGUUAACGGCCAGCAGCAACGACCAUCCCUCACCUCCAAUCCUUCAUCCAGCUACAACCCACCCCAGAUCCUCGAGCCACCAGCCAACAACGGUCAGCAGCAGACUGGCAGCGGCAACAACAGCCCCCACAUGGGUAACACCCUUGGCUGGCAAUCACCGCACAACGCUAUGGCGGGCAAUCAGCAGCACGACUACUCGUACCCUGAUCCGCAUGCUGGCUACCCUGUCAGCGCAGCACAGAUGUACUACCAGCAGCAGCAAGGCAUGCAGCGCCCACACAGCACCGGCCCGAUGGAUUACGCCAACCAGAUGCGCACCCAGGAGGUCUGGCAGCAGCAUCAUCAGUAG